AUGGCUCCUGCUUCCUACAGCCUGCAGGGCAACUGGAUUCCCCUGGCCAUGCUGGCCUUGCUAUGGGCCUCUUUGGCAUGGGCGGAGGAAACACCCACUCUAUCUCCCGAAGACAGGAAAGCCUUGCUGCAUAAAUUGAUCAAGCAGCAUGUCCUGCAAAAUCUCAAUCUGAGGCAGCCGCCCAACAGCACCCAGCCCAAACCACAUUUGGCCAUGACCAACGCCCUGCGGGUCAUUCAGGAAGCCCAGAUGAAUAGGACGGGGAACUCGUCUCGCUCUGAGAACCCCAUACCUGAUGGGAAACCCUACGAGAGCAUUAGCUUAGCAAGGACAGAGCCUUCCGGACUACUCCACUUUCUCACCCCAACCAGCCAAGGCAUUCACGUCCUGGAAGUCCAACUGUGGAUGUACCUCUAUGCCCAUGGAAGCAUCACCCUUCAGAUCUACCGGGCAGGGCAUCGGGAGACUGCACUGGCUGAGCAGCAGCUUGAGAGCAGGGGGAGCGGCUGGACCACCUUCUCCCUCAUGCCUGCGAUGCAGAACAUCUUAGAGCAGGAGGAGAAGACCCUGACCCUGCAGCUGCAGUGUGUCGGUUGCCCUGCCGCAUCUUUGGUGAGGGCCGACGACAGCUCCCACCAGCCCUUUCUGGUGGUUAAGGGCAAGAUCCGAGGGACUGGCCAUCAGGUGGCCAAGCGCAGCCAGAGCUGUGAUGAGAACUCAGACGUUUGCUGCCGGAAAGACUAUUAUGUGAACUUCCGGGACAUUGGUUGGGACAAGUGGAUCAUUGAGCCUAAGGGUUAUCAUAUGAACUAUUGCAUGGGGAAGUGCCCCACGCCCCUGAGUAUCAGACCUGGGAUAGCCAGCUCCAUCCCAACGGCCAUCUUAAACUUGUUAAAACUCAAAGACCCGUCACUGCAUGGGGUUGAAUCUUCCUGUGCCCCCACAAGGGUUGGGGGGAUUUAUAUGGUCUACUAUGACAAUAGCAACAACCUCAUCAAAAUGGAUGUUGCUGACAUGGUCGUUGAAGCUUGUGGUUGCAAUUAA